AUGGAUUCUACUUCUUCCGCUAUUAAUCCUAUAGCGAAGUAUGAUGUGUUCCUAAGUUUUAGAGGCACAGACACCCGUGAUAAUGUUGUCAGUUUCCUUCAUCUUGAAUCGGUGAGAAAUGGGAUUGAGACCUACAUUGAUAAUAGACUUCAAGGAGGAGAUGUAAUCGAGCCAGCCCUUUUGAGAAAGAUUGAAGAAUCGCUUAUUUCAGUGGUCAUUCUCUCCGAACACUACGCAGAUUCUACCUUUUGUUUGAGGGAACUCUCGAAAAUUCUUGAAUGUAAGGAGACGAAAGGCCAGAUUGUCAUACCAGUUUUUUACAAAGUUUCCCCAGAUGAUGUCGGAAAUCUGUGUGGGAUAUUUGGGGAUGCGCUUCUCUUGCAUGAAAAAAAAUACAGUUUAGAAGAAGCGUCCAAAUGGAGACAAGCACUGGAAGAAAUAGCCAAAAUGAAAGGCUGGGAUUCAAAUGUCACUAAGCCUGACACCAUACUAAUUCGGGAAAUUGUUGAUGACAUUAACAAGAAAUUAAAGCAGAUGCCUUCAUCUGGUUCAUCCUCAAGCAAUUCAGGAAGUUUUGUUGGAAUUACAUCACGUGUUAAAGCCAUUGAAUCCAUGCUGUCCUUUGAAUCACCCAGUGUGCUCAUUGUGGGAAUCUGGGGGAUGGGUGGUAUAGGCAAGUCAACAACGGCUAAAGCUGUAUAUCAUCAAAACUAUCGUCGAUUUGAUGGCCAUUUGUUCUUUGAAAAUGAUAGGAAACAAUCACAGAAGUAUGGAAUACAAGAAAUUCUUCGUGAAGCAUUAAAGAAUAAUGAUCUGAAUAUUCAAGAAGACAGCAGUAAGCGAAUGCUUCAAAGAAUUAAAGUUCUCAUCAUUCUUGAUAAUGUGAAUAGUCAUCAGGAAUUAAAAGAUUUAGUAGGAGAGGCUGCAGGUUUGCUUGGCGAAGGAAGUAGAAUCAUUGUGACGAGUAGAGACAGGCAACUGCUUAUAAAUAAAUGUGACGAAGACAAAAUAUAUGAGGUUAAGAAUUUAGAUGACCGUGAUUCUCUCGAACUCCUCAGCUUACAUGCUUUUCAUCAAAAAAAUCCCGCAGAAGGCUAUACAGAGCUAUCAAAAGGGGUGAUAAGCUAUGUUAAAGGCAUUCCAUUAGUUUUGGAAGUUUUAGGAUCCAGUCUGUACAAAAGGAGUAAAGAAUAUUGGGAAAAUCUCGAAGAAAGAAAUGGAAUAGACCGUCUCGCUGAUUUGUGUCUCAUAAAAAUUGUCGACAACAAGAUAUGGAUGCAUGAUGUGGUACAACAACUGGGUCAAGAAAUUGUCGUCAAAGAACACAAUGAUCCUGGAAAGCGUAGUCGGCUGUGGAAGGCUGAGGAUAUCCUCCCUAUAUUAAUAAAUCAUCAGGGGACAGAAAAAGCGGAAGCCAUGUCCCUCCAACAUGCAAGUACGGAAAUUAAGUUACGUCCUACAGCAUUUAAGGGGAUUGAUAACCUUAGUGGAGUCGAACUUGCUGAACUUGAUAUGUCUUAUAGCCAGCUUGAACAACUUUGGAAUGAGUAUCAGAAUGAAUAUUCGCAGCUUACGAAUUUGAAAUCAGUGACCCUCAAGGGCUCCCACAACCUGAGAUUAAUAAAUUUGUCUAAAUUCCCAAAUCUUGAGGUUUUAAAUCUGGCAGAGUGUAGUAGUUUGGUUGAGUUACCCGACUCUAUUAAACACUGCACCAAACUUACUGAAUUAGACCUUUCCUUGUGUGAAAGUUUUCGUACUUUGCCCUCGUCAAUUGAGAAACUCUCUCAACUUGUUGAAUUGGAUUUAUCCGGCUGCAAAAAUAUUAGGAGCCUUCCAAACAGCAUUGGUGAGUUAGAAUGCCUUGCAAGUCUCCACCUUUUUGGUUGCUCAAAACUAGCAAGCCUUCCAGACAGCAUUGGCCAGUUGAAAUGUCUUGCAAUGCUUGAUCUCUGUUAUUGCAAAAAAUUAGCAAGUCUUCAAUGUUUACCAGGGCUUCCAUCAAGUCUACAAGUUUUAGAUGCGUCAGCAUGCAUCUCUCUAGAAUCAGUAGCAAGUUUACUCACACAAGGCGAGAAGAAGUAUGAAGCUGGCAAUGAGGAUUUCAAGUUUACUGAUUGCAAUGAAUUGGGCGAGAACGAAAGCCUUAAAUUUAUGAAUGACACACGUUUAAGAAUUCAACGCAACGCAACAUCAUGGUUUAAUCAGAAGCAGAGCCAGCUCGCUUCCUGUCACCCACAAGGCCCUGGAGAAAGGAAAUGGGAAAUCAGCAGCCUCAGUGAAGCAACCUGCAUAAGGCAUCACAUUAGUCUACCUUUCCAUGGAAACUUCAAUGCUACGCCAUUGAAAGAUUUGAUUGAAGAGUAUAAGCAGCAGCUAUAUCCAGCAAAUGAAAAAAUGGAAACCACAGUCAACUUAUCAAACAUGGUGGCAAGCGUCUCUUACUUUGCAGAAAAUGAACAGCACCUAAAAUUUAUCAUCAUGUUUACUAGUAAAUCAAGAAUAUCCCAAACUUUAUUAAUAAAAGCAUCUGGAAAACAGAAUCUUUGUAGCCCACGAUUUCCAUGA